AUGGCUCCCACUCUCAAAGUCAUCCACAUCGGCACCGCCACCGCCAUCCUCCAAAUCAACGGCGUCAACUUCCUCACCGACCCUUUCUUCUCUCCCGCCGGAACCACCUGGGACCUCGGCCGCAUUAUCCUCAAAGUCACCGACGAUCCCGCCCUCCGCCUCGACCAGCUCCCCGUCAUCGACGCCGUCCUCCUAAGCCACGAAGACCACCCCGAUAACCUGGACGAGCUGGGCCGCAAGCUCCUCGACGCGCGACAUGUCUUCACAACCGUCGACGGGGCCAAGAAUCUCGCGCCUCGCCCAGCCGUGCACGGUAUGAAGCCCUGGGAGGAAAUCAGCAUGACUAUUGCUGGUAAGAACUUCAGAAUCAUCGCCACUCCGACACAGCAUGUUCCUGGGGACGAAUGUACGGGGUUUAUUGUCACGGGCGAGGACUUCGGGUAUCAUACCGAUGCGGGCAGUGGAGGGGCUCUCCCUAAUGCGAUCUAUUUCACUGGAGAUACGGUCUACGCGGAUGAUCUUGGCUUGCAGACAAUUGCGGACAGGUACCAUAUCUGCGCGGCGGUGAUGAACUUGGGGAAUGCGCAUGCUCCUGUCUCUGAGGAGCCUGGUGCACCUUUGCUGCAGAUUACCAUGGGUGGAAAGGAUGGGGCGAGGCUGUUCCGUGAUUUGAAGGCUGAUGUUCUUGUCCCGAUGCACUAUGAGUCCUGGGGUCAUUUUACACAGUUUGGGGCGGAGUUGCGUCAGGCAUUUGAGGACGAGGGGAUUAUUGACAAGGUUUGUUGGUUGAAGGGGGGUGAGCAGGUUACUGUUCUUUAG